CAUUUGAUUUCAAUAUAAAGUUCUUCCUUGGGUCCCCAGUCACUCUUUUUUAAUUCCUCUCUUAUUUUCUCACCCAUCACCAUCUGUUUUUUUUAUACAGUGUUGCCAGAGAUAUUCUUCUCUAGUCUUCCUACACCCUCCUUACUAUCCUUUUUUCAUUCUUGCUGGUCAUUUGAUCAAGGAAAUCCCCGGUGAUUUCCUCUUUUUUAUUUUUACUUAACCAUUGUGCACUUGUGCAUCACCUCAUUGUUCACCACGGUCAUUUGGUACCUCGGUAACUCACAAAUCCUAGGAUAUCAUUGUUAUUGCGACUCUUGCAGCUCAUUCUCAAAACAAAGUCCAAGUCUGAGGCAACUCUGACCUUUGUUCGCUACUCUCCUUUCGCGAACAAGAUCGCUUUGACAUCAAUUUGAUUAGACCACGAGGUUCAAUCCCGGCAACCUGUCCCAUCAUUUAUCACUAAAAAACAGAUUCAUCCCCCCCAAACUAGAUCUCGACCUCGACCUCGAUCGAUAUCUAACACUUGCCAAACCGGCACACCAAAACCACCACACUCCUUUUCCAAAUUAUUCACGAGAAACCUUCGAAAACUCGAUACAACAUUUCGCGACAAUCCGUCAAGAUGCAGUUGCGAUCCAUUCUCGUUGCCGCUCUGGCUGCUGGUACAGCCACUGCGCAUAUGAAUAUGAAAUCCCCUCCCCCCUUGGCGUACAAGGGUAACCCAAACGCCAAGGAACCCAACAUUGAUUACUCUAUCACUUCUCCCAUUACUGAGGCUCAGUACCCUUGCAAAGGUAACCUCAAGCUUCUCGGUACCCCCGAGGGUGCUUCAGUUGCGACCUAUGCUCCCGGUGGUCAGUACACCAUGAGCGUCGAAGGUGGCGCCGCCCACAAUGGAGGCAGUUGCCAGCUCUCACUGUCGUACGACAAGGGCGCCACGUUUACCGUCAUCAAGUCCUUCAUCGGUAGUUGCCCAACCAGCGCCGGUGGUGACUUCAACUUCGCCAUUCCCUCUGACGCUCCCGAAGGCGACGAUGUCGUCUUUGCCUGGACCUGGGUCAACCACACUGGCAACCGAGAAUUCUACAUGUCAUGCGCCGUCGUCACCAUCAAGGCCGGUGCCCAGAAACGUGAUGUUCCGGCCUUCAACCCUAAGCGAGACACCGCUUUCUCCAGCCGCCCUCAGGUCUUCGUCGCGAACUUGGGUGGUGAGUACUGCACCAAGGAAGGUGUCGAUACUAUGUUCCCCGAGCCAGGCCCUGAUGUCGAAAACACCUCCACAAGUCCUGGCGCUGCAAUCCUUUGUGCCACCGGCGCGGAUGCUCCCGAGGGGGGUUCCGGCUCUGGAUCUGGCUCAGGAUCUGGAUCUGGAUCAAGCUCUUCUGUUGCCAGUUACCAGGCCACAUCUUCCGCACCCGCCCAGCAGCCUACCUCUUCAGCCGCUGUUCAAAUUUCAAUGUAUGUGGAUCCUGAUAUCUUGACUGUUAUUCCGAUCGGCUCACUAACUCCUACCAGUAGCGGUGGUGUUUUCUUGACUGUUCCUAACGGAGCUUCUACGCCCGCUGCUACGCCAACGACCCUAUCCACGGCAACCAAGGCUACUCAAACAGCAGUCGAAAGCGCCGCUACCUCGUCUGCAGUUGCCAGUGCCCCGUCAUCGGCUGCCGCCGGUGGCAGCGCUGGCACAGCUACUACGAGCGCCAAGGUUCCCGCGAGCACUGGUGGUACCGCCAGCACUCAAGCAGGAGCCUGCACCAAUGAAGGUGAUUGGUCUUGCGCAGCUGAUGGCUCAUCAUUCCAGCGAUGUGCAUCUGGAGCAUGGAGUGCCGCUAUCCCCAUGGCAGCUGGCACUAAGUGCACACCUGGUGUUAGCAGCAACCUCAGCAUGCGACGACGCAGGGACCGCGUUCGCCGAUCCGGCACUGGCUUUGGUGGUUGGGGCUACUAGACAAGCCACUGGUAGGACAAUCCGGACAAUAGAAGGAUACUCCGGACACGCAUGCAUAUAAGGCCUUCAUUCUGAGACCAGGGAGACAGGAAUUCCUCGGUCGUCUUUCUACUUGUACAUAUUCAAUUUU